GAUUUAACCAAUAAUCUGUAUGUUUCGUACGUGUUUCGUGCCGUAGUCUGAGCGGUCGAGGGGAGUGUAACAACAAUCGCAGAUUACCGCAAAAAACUGCACAUUUACCAUCCCCACGAUAAUCAACACUGCGUAUUCGCAUCAAUCACAAGAAACACCCGUAUUGAUUCCAUAAGAUGAGCAGUAUGACCGAAAUCGACGAGAAUGUUAUUUCCAUCAAGUCUGAGAACCGCGUCUAUGGUGGCUGUGAGGGUCCUGAUGCAAUGUAUGUAAAGCUGAUCUCUUCAGAUGGGCACGAAUUCAUCGUCAAACGCGAGCACGCGCUUACUUCCGGCACGAUCAAGGCUAUGUUGAGUGGACCUGGACAAUUCGCCGAGAAUGAAGCAAACGAAGUCAACUUUAGAGAAAUUCCGUCACAUGUGUUGCAAAAGGUGUGCAUGUACUUCACGUACAAGGUGCGCUACACUAACAGCUCGACGGAGAUCCCGGAAUUCCCAAUUGCCCCAGAAAUCGCUCUGGAACUGCUGAUGGCUGCUAACUUCUUGGAUUGCUAGGUUAAGCGACGCAACGCACACCGCACGAUAACCGAUAACUCGGAGAUCGACCUUGGCGGGGUUUUAUUUUAUUAUCGCAUAUUGCAAACGUAAAGUCACGAAAUAACCUUGUAGGAUCAAAGACUCACCUUACGUUCGUCUUAAAAGUGAUAUCGAAAGAAAAAUAUGAACGGAAUGUGCGACGGGUGGAUAACUUGAACAAACGUCUGCGGCAAAUAAAUAGGUCCGAUCUGUACAUUUAA